UCUUGACUCCUCCCCAAGUCUUUCCACCAUCAAUUUAUGACGGCAUCGUCGUCCAAAAGCCCCAAAAUCUCUCUCUAGGGUUUCACGGGUAAGAUCCCAAAUCCCUAAUAAAAUCCCCUUGUUUUUCCCCAAUUCGAGCUCCUAGGGUUUCGAUUUUGCGGUAAUGUACAUAUUCGGGGUUUCAUUCACGUGCAAUUUUGGUUUUUUACGGGUUUUUGAUUGAGGGCUUUGGUUUUUUAGAAUUCACGUUUGAAUUUCCAGGAAGGUUGGGGUUUAUCUGAGUGAAGAUCUGUGCGGUUGGUGUUUGAUUAUUGUAGGGAAGUUUUGGGUUUAGGGUUUUUUUGUUGGAUAUUUAUUGGUGGGGAUUUAGGGUUUUUGUUGGUUUAGCGUUGAACUAAUGGCUUCUAUGGGUAAGGAGGAUGUGGAGUAUGAGAGUGAUCCGGAGGUAACGAAGCGAUCUCUGGCGAUGCGGAGAAGGGCAGCGGCCAGCGACGAUGAGGAAGGUGAAGAGGAGGCGACGGAGAAGCCGAGGAAGGAUCCGAGAGCCGCGGUUCACUCCGAUGAAUCGGAUGAUCAGGGUGGGGCGGCUGAGUAUGAUGAUGACGAAGAACUAGAAGAAGAAGAAGGAGAAGAAGAGGAAGAGAUUGGUGAAGAAGAAGAGUUUGAGGAGGAAGUUGUGGAAGAAGAGGAGUUGGAAAGAUAUCAGGAGAGAGGCCGGGAAGGCGAGCUGGGUGGCAGGGUUGAGGUUUUGGCUGUUAAGGAAUCGAGUGGUGAUGGUCGGAGGUCUGUGGAAGGGUCCGUGGAUGAGAAUGGGGGGAAUGAGGCUGAAGAAGGGGAGGAGAAGAAGGAGAAUGAACCAUUUGCAGUCCCCACAGCGGGUGCUUUUUAUAUGCAUGAUGACCGCUUCAGGGAAAACUCUGGUGGUCGGCACAGGCGAACACGUGGUGGAAGGAAGCUGUGGGAAUCCAAAGAUGAAAGAAAAUGGGGGCACGAUAAGUUUGAGGAGAUUACUUUGCAGGAAAGGCGCUACGAAGAAGGAAAGAAACCUUCAAAGGGUCCUUAUGUAGGUCGCGGAAGAAACCGAGGUAUUGAUCGUGGGAGUGCCAGAGGAAACAGGUCUAAAGAAUAUGACAGGUCUAAAGAAUAUGACAAUAAUAAUCAGAGACAGGUACCCAAGGGUGUUAGAGGGAGAGGGCCCAGGAGGUAUGAACCGGCUUUUAGGAAUAACAGACAGGCACCGCCAACACAAAAAACAAACAGUGAGUACAACGAAAAAAAUUCCUUCGCCUCAAGCUUGAAUUCAGCUUCUCCUCCUUUUUACCCAUCAGGCUCUUCCAGUUCCAAUAAAGAUAUCACUCUUACUCCUAAGCGGGAUGCACAGGUUGGGAGUGGUAAGAGGAACCUUCGGUCUUCUGUAGUGCAGGAGAGUUUCAAUGUGCCCCAAACCAAUGCAUUGGAGAGAGGAAAGAACAUAGCUGAAUCUGUCGGUAUGAACAAGCUUUAUAUAAAUGACUCUACCAAUCCAGCUGCUGGGAAGACUUUGACCAACAUAAAAAUGUCACCUUCUGGGUCAUCAUUUGUCAAUACUACUCAAGCUCCUCAGUCAAGGGUUCAAGGAAGGGGUGUUAUCUCAGGACAAAUGAGUUAUCAACCGGUGUCUCAGAACCAAAUGACAAGAGCUUCUCCAUCCACACAUCUUCAUGCUGGUCAGCGCAAUCCUGCUCAAAAUCGAUCUCAACUGGCUCUGCAAGGUCCUGCUCAGCAGAUGGGACAACAUCCUGGGAGUGGAUCUCAGGCUUCCUCUCCACCCAACACAACCAUGUCAUCAAAUUCCUUCGAAUCAGGAGAAGUUGAAUCACCUUCAGAUUCAAGCAAAUCUAAAGGUGCCCUGGUUGCAAAGGGAAAAGGCAGUGUUCAGGGUAGUGCAAGGGGCACUAUUUCUUAUGGCGGAGCUCCAGUUACGGGACCCACUGGGAGUAUGGGUGUUAAUCAUGAUCAGAACUUCCCUGGUGCUCCAGCCUUUUUGCCUGUCAUGCAAUUUGGGGGCCAGCAUACUGGGGGUAUGGGAGUUCCUGCUGUUGGCAUGGCGUUCCCUGGAUAUGUUGCUCAGCCACAACUUGUGGGUUUAGGAAAUUCUGGCGAAAUGACAUGGUUACCUGUAUUGGCGGGUGCUGCAGGAGCAUUGGGGGCAACAUAUUGUCCUCCAUAUAUUACUGUUGAUGGUUCUUACCAUGGUCGCCCAUCUGGACAAACAUCUUCUGUGGGUUCCCUGAGCAAAGAGAAUAAUGCAAAUAAAACCAAUAACGAAUGGAAGCCUUCACAAAAGCCUGAGAUUGUUGGAGAUGAGUAUGGGCAGCGACAAAACAAGCCUCGUAGAUAUUCACAGAUGAAUGUGGCCAGUGAAGUACUUCAAAAUAAUACGGAGCUUGUUUGAAUAAGCAGAUGAAGGCGUUCGUCUGAGCCCUUUGUGAUCUUCAGCCUAUGUUCUGGGGCACUUUGGGCCAAUGUUUUCGAAGAUAUCUUAGUUACCUAUGACAAACACCUGCUCAUGCUGCACUCAAUCUAAGAUCAAUAUUGCGGCGUGAUUGUUUACAAUUUCGGUUUUCUUGUGGUUUGGAUUUUUAUCGAAAAGCUUGUUUGAAAAUGUAGACGGGCUUCCACGUGAACUGAUAUAUAAAAGAAAAUGGAAAAAAAGUACAAAGAAUUGUUGUGCGGCAGCAGCAGUUCGCUCGGCGAUGGUUUCUAUAAGUUCUUUCACUUUACAUAUAGAUGCAUUGGAUUUUUUUGUUACCUAUGUUGUUAAAAACCUUUGUGGUAGUAUUUUCCUUGUUUAGUUGAGGAGGUAUGAAGCUCUGCUUGAACCAUCGAUGAUACUGUAAUGACUUGUUUGCUAUGAAUAUGUGAUAUGUGAAUUAAUUAUGUUUAAUUGGAAGAGUAA